AUGAAGUUCCUCGCCACCGUUGGCGUCCUCGCUUCCGCAGCUCUCGCUGCCCCCAACCCCGAGCCUUUCUGCUCUCAGCCCGGCCAGGCCUGCUGGAAGGUCAGUCGUGCGGCCGCGGCUUUCGUCGACACUAUGAAAUCCGUUGGCGGUCUCGAGUCCCGCGACGAGCACGGGGCAAUCCCCAACGAGAUUGCUCUGGCCGCCCUCAAUGGCCUUGACCAGCUCUCCACCAUGAUCCUCUACGCCUCCGAGGACCCCAGUGGCUUCCGCUCCUACGGGGAGAACGGAACCGAGACUGCGCCUUACAAGCGCGACGCCACAGGCCAGCUGGACAGGCGGUGGUGCUACCGCCUCGGAAUGCCUUGCUGGGUCCCCAAGAGAGACGCCGAAGUCAAUGAGGAGAAGCGAUGGUGCUUCCGCGUCGGAGAGAGUUGCUGGGUUCCCAAGAGAGGCGAGGCCGAAGUCCAGGAGGAGAAGCGCGAGGUCGAGAUCAAGGAGGACAAGCGAUGGUGCUUCCGCAUCGGAAUGUCUUGCUGGGUACCCAGAAGCAACGCCGAAGCCCAGGAGGAGAAGCGCGAGGUCCAGAUCAAGGAGGACAAGCGAUGGUGCUUCCGCAUCGGAAUGUCUUGCUGGGUACCCAGGAGCGACGCCGAAGCCCAGGAGGACAAGCGCGAAGUCGAAGUCCAGGAGGAGAAGCGAUGGUGCUACCGCCCUGGCGAGUCUUGCUGGGUCCCCAAGCGAACCGACGAGAUCUCCGAGGAAAAGCGCGGGUGCUUCCAGAACGGCGGAGACUGCCAGAAGGCCAAGCGUGUCGCCGAGGCCGUUCUUGCAGCCACCAUCGAGGGUGAUGAGAAGCGAAGCGUCGAGGUCGAGUCUCCUGAGAAGAGAAUGUGCAACAGCGUUGGCCAGCCCUGCUGGAAGGCUGAGCGCGAUCUUGAGACCAUCCAGAACCUGGCUCGCGGCGCCAUCGAGGGCAUGUACUAG